AUGUCAGAACCCAAGUCCUGGCUGUGGUGUUCCAUCCCAGAGAUGGUCUCAGUGAAGCUGGAGGACUGCAGUCAACCACUGGAACUCAAUGUGAUUGUCAAAGAGGAGAGAGGAGUCAUAGAGGAAGAGAUGGCGGUCAAAGAGGAGGUGGAGGAGAGAGGAGUGAAAGAGGAGGCGGAGGAGAGAGGAGUCACAGAGGAGGUGGAGGAGAGAGGAGUGAAAGAGGAGGUGGAGGAGAGAGGAGUCACAGAGGAGAGAGGAGUCACAGAGGAGGUGGAGGAGAGAGGAGUGAAAGAGGAGGUGGAGGAGAGAGGAGUCACAGAGGAGGCAGAGGAGAGAGGAGUCACAGAGGAGGUGGAGGAGAGAGGAGUGAAAGAGGAGGUGGAGGAGAGAGGAGUGAAAGAGGAGGCGGAGGAGAGAGGAGUCACAGAGGAGGUGGAGGAGAGAGGUGUGAAAGAAGAAGAGGAGAACAGGGAUGUGUCUGCUCCAGAUCUAGAGGAAGAAGUAGAUAGUAUCAGUGAUCCAGGUAAGUUCAGGUGUGGAGUACGGAGAGAGUUUGGUGCCUUGGAUCUAGAGGAAGAAGUAGAUAGUAUCAGUGACCCAGGUAAGUUCAGGUGUGGAGUACGGAGAGAGGUUGGUGCCUUGGAUCUAGAGGAAGAAGUAGAUACAGUGGGGAAAAAAAGUAUUUAGUCAGCCACCAAUUGUGCAAGUUCUCCCACUUAAAAAGAUGAGAGAGGCCUGUAAUUUUCAUCAUAGGUACACGUCAACUAUGACAGACAAAAUGAGAAAAAAAAUCCAGAAAAUCACAUUGUAGGGUUUUUAAUGAAUUUAUUUGCAAAUUAUGGUGGAAAAUAAGUAUUUGGUCAAUAACAAAAGUUUCUCAAUACUUUGUUAUUAUACCCUUUGUUGGCAAUGACACAGGUCAAACGUUUUCUGUAAGUCUUCACAAGGUUUUCACACACUGUUGCUGGUAUUUUGGCCCAUUCCUCCAUGCAGAUCUCCUCUAGAGCAGUGAUGUUUUGGGGCUGUCGCUGGGCAACACGGACUUUCAACUCCCUCCAAAUAUUUUCUAUGGGGUUGAGAUCUGGAGACUAGCUAGGCCACUCCAGGACCUUGAAAUGCUUCUUACGAAGCCACUCCUUCGUUGCCCGGGCGGUGUGUUUGGGAUCAUUGUCAUGCUGAAAGACCCAGCCACGUUUCAUCUUCAAUGCCCUUGCUGAUGGAAGGAGGUUUUCACUCAAAAUCUCACGAUACAUGGCCCCAUUCAUUCUUUCCUUUACACGGAUCAGUCGUCCUGGUCCCUUUGCAGAAAAACAGCCCCAAAGCAUGAUGUUUCCACCCCCAUGCUUCACAGUAGGUAUGGUGUUCUUUGGAUGCUACUCAGCAUUCUUUGUCCUCCAAACACGACGAGUUGAGUUUUUACCAAAAAAGUUCUAUUUUGGUUUCAUCUGACCAUAUGACAUUCUCCCAAUCCUCUUCUGGAUCAUCCAAAUGCACUCUAGCAAACUUCAGACGGGCCUGGACAUGUACUGGCUUAAGCAGGGGGACACGUCUGGCACUGCAGGAUUUGAGUCCCUGGCGGCGUAGUGUGUUACUGAUGGUAGGCUUUGUUACUUUGGUCCCAGCUCUCUGCAGGUCAUUCACUAGGUCCCCCCGUGUGGUUCUGGGAUUUUUGCUCACCGUUCUUGUGAUCAUUUUGACCCCACGGGGUGAGAUCUUGCAUGGAGCCCCAGAUCGAGGGAGAUUAUCAGUGGUCUUGUAUGUCUUCCAUUUCCUAAUAAUUGCUCCCACAGUUGAUUUCUUCAAACCAAGCUGCUUACCUAUUGCAGAUUCAGUCUUCCCAGCUUGGUGCAGGUCUACAAUUUUGUUUUUGGUGUCCUUUGACAGCUCUUUGGUCUUGGCCAUAGUGGAGUUUGGAGUGUGACUGUUUGAGGUUGUGGACAGGUGUCUUUUAUACUGAUAACAAGUUUAAACAGGUGCCAUUAAUACAGGUAACGAGUGGAGGACAGAGGAGCCUCUUAAAGAAGAAGUUACAGGUCUGUGAGAGCCAGAAAUCUUGCUUGUUUGUAGGUGACCAAAUACUUAUUUUCCACCAUAAUUUGCAAAUAAAUUCAUUAAAAAUCCUACAAUGUGAUUUUCUGGAUUUUUUUUCCUCAAUUUGUCUGUCAUAGUUGACGUGUACCUAUGAUGAAAAUUAUAGGCCUCUCUCAUCUUUUUAAGUGGGAGAACUUGCACAAUUGGUGGCUGACUAAAUACUUUUUUUCCCUACUGUAGUAUCAGUGACCCAGGUAAGUUCAGGUGUGGAGUACGGAGAGAGGUUGGUGCCUUGGAUCUAGAGGAAGAAGUAGAUAGUAUCACUGACCCAGGUAAGUUCAGGUGUGGAGUACGGAGAGAGGUUGGAGCCAUGGAUCUAGAGGAAGAAGUAGAUAGUAUCACUGACCCAGGUAAGUUCAUGUGUGGAGUACGGAGAGAGGUUGGUGACUUGGCGACCACUGGGGAUUCCAAAACAAUUAUUGUGGGAAGUUAGCCCAGCUUCUCGACGGAGACUGUAUACUCUGUGUGGCAGUAUACCACUAACCAACUGUGCAACUCUUUUACUGUUUGGCGACGCUUUUCCCAAGUCAGAGUGUAUAUCUGUGAUCUGUGGAUCGUUGUAAGUCGUUUGCAUCGCCCGAGCGGUGCCCAAUAAAUAAUCAAAUCUGCUGUUAAUCAACUCUUAGAUGCUACCACCCCCCCCCCCCCACAAAUAUAAUCAAAAUAAAACAUGGAUUCUUUGUGUUCUUACUUUGCACGCACACCUGUCUGUGUUUCACACCUGUUUGUCGUAGCUAAUCAGCCAAUAUGGGAACCGUAGUGAAAACGUCUGAGUGCAAAGCCAGAACAAAACAUUGGCAUCCAUAUUAGAUUUUGAUUUGGGGAGGGGGGGGGUAACAUCUAAAAACUGGAUUUAAUCGUUUCUUGUUCACAGCUCGGUGACGAAAACGGCGACUUCCCAAUCAGAACCGAUUUAUGGAUAUAGCUUCCAACACGGAACACGUGCUGCUAGCAGGUAGUCGUUGGAUCGAACGCAUUCCCUUUUGGAUACGAUUAGACCUCGUCUAAUUAUUAGACCCCAUCUUAUUAAUUAAUGAAACCAUUAAUAAAGAGUUGUAAGUUUGGGCUAGUGCCAUCGCCUGCUGUUGUGCCCUUGAGUAAGACUCUUAACCCCCCACAACCACAGCUCCAAGACACCAUAGUAUGACAUCCCUCUGCUCCAACAUGUACAGUGGGGGAAAAAAGUAUUUAGUCAGCCACCAAUUGUGCAAGUUCUCCCACUUAAAAAGAUGAGAGAGGCCUGUAAUUUUCAUCAUAGGUACACGUCAACUAUGACAGAUAAAAUGAGGAAAAAAAAUCCAGAAAAUCACAUUGUAGGAUUUUUUAUGAAUUUAUUUGCAAAUUAUGGUGGAAAAUAAGUAUUUGGUCAAUAACAAAAGUUUCUCAAUACUUUGUUAUAUACCCUUUGUUGGCAAUGACACAGGUCAAACGUUUUCUGUAAGUCUUCACAAGGUUUUCACACACUGUUGCUGGUAUUUUGGCCCAUUCCUCCAUGCAGAUCUCCUCUAGAGCAGUGAUGUUUUGGGGCUGUCGCUGGGCAACACGGACUUUCAACUCCCUCCAAAUAUUUUCUAUGGGGUUGAGAUCUGGAGACUAGCUAGGCCACUCCAGGACCUUGAAAUGCUUCUUACGAAGCCACUCCUUCGUUGCCCGGGCGGUGUGUUUGGGAUCAUUGUCAUGCUGAAAGACCCAGCCACGUUUCAUCUUCAAUGCCCUUGCUGAUGGAAGGAGGUUUUCACUCAAAAUCUCACGAUACAUGGCCCCAUUCAUUCUUUCCUUUACACGGAUCAGUCGUCCUGGUCCCUUUGCAGAAAAACAGCCCCAAAGCAUGAUGUUUCCACCCCCAUGCUUCACAGUAGGUAUGGUGUUCUUUGGAUGCUACUCAGCAUUCUUUGUCCUCCAAACACGACGAGUUGAGUUUUUACCAAAAAGUUCUAUUUUGGUUUCAUCUGACCAUAUGACAUUCUCCCAAUCCUCUUCUGGAUCAUCCAAAUACACUCUAGCAAACUUCAUACGGGCCUAGACAUGUACUGGCUUAAGCAGGGGGACACGUCUGGCACUGCAGGAUUUGAGUCCCUGGCGGCGUAGUGUGUUACUGAUGGUAGGCUUUGUUACUUUGGUCCCAGCUCUCUGCAGGUCAUUCACUAGGUCCCCCCGUGUGGUUCUGGGAUUUUUGCUCACCGUUCUUGUGAUCAUUUUGAUCCCACGGGGUGAGAUCUUGCGUGGAGCCCCAGAUCGAGGGAGAUAAUCAGUGGUCUUGUAUGUCUUCCAUUUCCUAAUAAUUGCUCCCAAAGUUGAUUUCUUCAAACCAAGCUGCUUACCUAUUGCAGAUUCAGUCUUCCCAGCCUGGUGCAGGUCUACAAUUUUGUUUCUGGUGUCCUUUGACAGCUCUUUGGUCCAUGCCAUAGUGGAGUUUGGAGUGUGACUGUUUGAGGUUGUGGACAGGUGUCUUUUAUACUGAUAACAAGUUCAAACAGGUGCCAUUAAUACAGGUAACGAGUGGAGGACAGAGGAGCCUCUUAAAGAAGAAGUUACAGGUCUGUGAGAGCCAGAAAUCUUGCUUGUUUGUAGGUGACCAAAUACUUAUUUUCCACCAUAAUUUGCAAAUAAAUUCAUUAAAAAUCCUACAAUGUGAUUUUCUGGAAAAAAAAUCUCAAUUUGUCUGUCAUAGUUGACGUGUACCUAUGAUGAAAAUUACAGGCCUCUCUCAUCUUUUUAAGUGGGAGAACUUGCACAAUUGGUGGCUGACUAAAUACUUUUUUCCCCCACUGUAUGUUUAUGUUGGUUUUUAGGAGGGGUUGGCUUAAAGAGGAAGUCACAUUUCCAUUGGACCUUGUGUUCAAUUGGACAAAUGAAGUGAUCUUAAACUAGUUUUAAAGCCCCUUUCAAUGCUUUUCCUGAUUCUAACCCCAUAUCUGUCCAUAUUCCCACAGGAGAGAGCUCCAACCCAGGUUCAGACAGUGAGCCCAGUUCCACAGCUUCAGGAAACCAUAAACAACACAGACAGAGGAACUCAAGACAGAAACAUCACCACUGCAUGGACUGCUCCACUAGUUUCUAUGAGCCAGAG